GCAGUAAAGAAAAUCUGUGUUCUUUUUGUAUUUCUUGCUUCUUUCGGGGCAUGUAAGAAACGAUCGUUUCUUUAUUGAUGGCGAUCUCGCAGUUUCCUCUGUGCCCUUCGGAUGAUGGAAAACAGCGAAACGGGGUUGAUGAUCAUGGUGAUGGUGGUCGUUGAUGACGAUUGUGCAUACGAGGAGAGUGAUGAGGAUGACGAUGGCGAUGAUGAUGAUGAGUAUGAGGAUGGCGAUGGUGAUGAGGAUGAUGAUGAUGGUGAUCGUUGACGAUGAUGAUGAUGAUGAUAUGAUAACGAUGGCGAUGCUGCUGCUGCUGCUGCUUACGAUGAUGGUGAUGAUGGGGAUGAUGGGGAUGAUGGUGAUGACGAUGACACUGCUGCUGAUGGUGAUGAUGGUGAUGACGGUGAUGACGGUGAUGAUGGUGAUGAUGGUGAUGAUCAUCGUUGUUGAUGGUGGUGAUGGCAAUGAAGAUGAUGAUGAUGAUGAUGAUGAUGAUGAUGAUAAUCAUGGUGCUCACUUAUGUCACCAUCUCGUAUGAUUUUGAUCGGGUCUUGGUCUCCAUCAAUUACCUUGAGUGGGUAUUCUGAAAUCUGGAUGGGGUCACGUGUGAGUGAAUGUAUAAGGCAGAAACAAGGAGUCGAGGGAAAAAAAGGGUUGCAAGAGAUAAUGCUCUGAUGUUGGAGUAUCGAAGCAAAAAGCUUGAAGAACAUAAAUAAAUAAAUAAAUAAAUAGUUGAGGAUCGUCAUUUGAAUGGCACCGAGGAUUCACAAUGAAAAUAAGUAAAUAAG